AUGGGCAAUAGUGCCUCAUCGUCUGGGCGAGCCGUACAGGACGAGACUGUCGAUCUCGGUUUCCUCUACCCGCAGGGAGUGUACUCCGGGUCCAGAGACUGGAACGAGACCGUUGUCGGCCAACUGAUCUGUGACCGCAAGCUUGCUCCCUUUUACCGACCACUUGAAGAUUACGACCCCUCCUGGGAUGAGGACCAGAUACUCGCUGCACGAAAAGAACCUCCUGCGGCCGAUUCUAGCCACUCCGAGACACCAGCACGCAACGAUGUGCCCUCGGCCUCGUCCAAACUGGGACAUAACAAGCGGCCUAGCACUGCGAGAGAGGUCCCGCGCUAUGUUGAGGCUGCGAUAUACAGAAAUGCCGUCGAAUGUCCCAUAUGUUUCCUCUAUUAUCCACCGAAUAUCAAUCACUCGCGAUGUUGUGAUCAGGCUAUCUGCACCGAGUGCUUUGUGCAGAUCAAGCGCUCCGAACCAACCGUGACCCACCUCGUCUCAGACCCCGCGUGCUGCCCAUAUUGUGUACAGGAGCAUUUUGGAGUGGUAUACACGCCCCCUCCAUGGCGUACCGGUAUAGGGAGUGAGGGAUCGACUUCCCCAAUGUGGCCUGACUCUCAGCAUUCGUUUGAGUCUGUUACGCCUGACUUGGGGAAGCAGAAACGUCGUAAGAGCUUUGGGCAUGAUAGCGCAGAAGUCGUCACAACAGAUCAAAUUCGUCCUGAUUGGGAAACCAAGUUGGCCGCCGUACGCGCUGCCGCAGCCCGGCGCGCUAACCGCAGGAUCAUCAUGAGGCAAGUCGGUGACCGGUUAAUUCCUGUUGGUAUAACCAGCGGUCGCAUACACCCCCUGCCGCCAGAGGCUGGUGCUUCGGGAGAGGGUGGUGAGGGCAAUGGCGGAGGUCGGCGGUCAAGAAGGCGGCAACAGCAACAGCAGGAAUUGAAUAGUCUGCUCGGCCAUAUGGGGCUAGGUGGACAGGAUUUGGAAGAGCUUAUGGUCAUGGAGGCGAUGCGGCUUUCGUUACUUGAGCACGAGGAGC